AUGGACUUCCAUUUUUCUCCUUCUGAAAGCCCACAAACUAAGAAUAGGGCUUCCAGGGACUUUGCAAAUGUAGAAAAACAGAGGCGGAAACCUGCAGGCAGUGGAGCUGCUGAAGUGAAAAUGGCGGAGAAUCCGAAAGUUCCAAAGACGCCGCGGAUGGCGGAUGUAUGGGCGGUGCAGUGUGACAGGUGCUUCAAAUGGAGAAUUAUUCCGACCCAAGAAGAGUUCGAGGAAAUCAGGAGCAAAUUUAUAGAAGAGCCCUUUCACUGCAGCAAGAAGCCCGGCGCUUUCUGCGAUGACGCCGGCGGCGAUAUCGAGUACGACGCCAGCCGGACUUGGCUGGCGGACAAACCAAAUAUUCCCAAAACCCCAGUUGGGUUUAAGCGAGAAUUGGUUCUGAGGAGCGAUUACACGAAGAUGGAUGCUUAUUAUCACGCUCCCACUGGUAAAAAGCUUCGGUCGGCGCCCCAAAUUGCCUCUUUUCUCAGUGAUAACCCGGAGUUUAAGCAUCUGUCUGUCUCGGAUUUCAGUUUUGUUAGACCGAAAAUUCUGGCGGAUAUCAUUCCCAACCAUGCUUCGCCGGAGGAGAAGGCUACUCCACCUCCACCGCCGACGCCGGAGACUCCAUGACUUCCAGUCAGUUUUUCAAUGGAAUGAAGUUCGUUGGUUCAAUGGGUUAGAGUUCCAUUUUAACAAGUUUUUUUGCAGAUAGGUUUAUUCGUAUUGUUGAUCUGUUUCUCGUUUUCCUUCCACUUGCAUGUAAAAAAGUUGGCCCCAGGCGGAGCUUCUCCUUUCCCUGUACAUAUUCUUGUUCCUUUUUACCCUAAUGUCGAUUUAGUUAUGAAAAAGAUUCAAUCUUUUUGCUACGGUUCUCAGCCUUCUUUAUCAUUCAUUUGCAAAAUCUCAGUUACCUCAUUGUAAUUUGGACUCUAACUAUCAAAUGUCAAGUUGACUGAAAAAACAUCGAAUGUCUCCGGAGGGAUUUCUACUCUCUAAUCUCUAUACUAAGCUGACGACAUGGUCGACAAGAGGGCCGACGAGAUGCAAAAUUCACAUCAGCAUGAUGCUCUUUGGCAGG